AUGUCUGCUGCUAUGGACAGAGCCUUAAUGGCUCUCUCACUAGAUGAAGAUGAAGUUCCAUUCAAGAUGCCUGAUCUUCCAGGAAUCAGUUCGGCGGAGGAGAACGCUCUCAGUCUCAUGGGGAGAACUUUAAACCCAGAACUUCAAAAAAUGCCGGGUUUGAUUCGUACUAUGCCUAGGAAGUGGGGAAAAGAAGGCAAAGUCAGGGGUAGAGCUUUAUCCCAAGAGAGAUUUCAGUUCAUUUUCACAAAUGAACAUGAUUUGCUUGAUGUUCUGGAAAAGGGAGUCCAAACCUACAUGGACUGGACUAUCGUUUUGGAAAGGUGGGUGGAGAAUCCGCCGGAGGAUUACCUGCAGUACAUUCCACUAUGGGUCAGGAUCAGCAAGAUCCCGGAGAACUACUACACGACAUUGGCUCUGACAGCGCUCGGUGAUAUCAUAGGGAGAGUGAAAGUGGUCGCCUUCGACCCUUCGCAACCGGUGACACAAAACUACAUCAGAGUUCAGGUUCUCUUCAACGUAGCUCAUCCGUUGAGAAUGGCGAAAGUCAUAGACAUGGGUGGAGGGAAAUCUCACACAAUCCACUUUGACUAUGAACAAGUUCAGAAAAGAUGCUUUACUUGUCGAAGACUUAACCAUGAGCAGAAGCUGUGCCCUUUGGAGGUCAGGAAGAGACAGGAGGAGGCGCAGAUUAGGAGAGCACGGGUUAUGGCAGAGAAGAUCAGAACAGAGCCGGUUCUCACUCAGGAUGAUCCUUUAAAGGGAGUGUUAGAGGAGUCUCAGGUAGGAGUAAACCCACUCACAGGAAGGCCUAAAAUAGCGAAGCUGGUUCUUGAAGAGAUGAGGAAGUAUCUCAUUUCAGAUUCUGGAGAAGAUAUAGCUCUGAAAAUCGAUAAAAUCAGGAAGUCAGUUCGGGAAGCAGAGGCGGAUCCAGUUACACAGAGGACUGUCCUGGGAUUGGAACCGAUGCCUAUCUUCACAAAAGACCUCAACAAAGGAAAAGGGCUGGCUUAUUAG